UGAAAAACAAUUCUUCACUUAUAACUUUUCAUAUUUUGUCACAAGAAUUGAUAGUCUUCGAAAUUACUUGCUGAUGGUCCUGUUGAAAUGAUUAGGCUAGAUUAGUAUGACACAAUUAAAAAAUUAUUUUACUCUUCCAUUUUACAGUUUUUAAAAAGCAGCUUAUUAACAAACAAAGAAGAAAAAGUACAUUUGCUUUACAUGCCUGUUUAAAAGUCAUUUAUGGCUGUGUAAUACUGUAUUGGUUAAUUUCAGCAAGUUGUUGGUUAUGUUAAUUGUUAGAUGGAAAAAGUAUUAACCACCUGAUCUUUGCAUUAUGUUAUUAGCAUCACGAGGGCUGUUUCCGUGUUUCUUAGGUAUAUAUAUGCUUAUUAGAAAUGCAAACAGGAAAAAAGGGUGGAAUUUUAAUUAUAUACGUACUAAUAAGCAAACAAAGGUGUAUGUCAAAAGCGAACAUAAGCAGACAAGGGAACCAAAGAAAUGUAUUUUAUAGUCUGCAGAUGAUUAGGUCAAAAAUUAAAUUUGCAAAAAUUCUUUAUUUAUGUUAGCAGAUUUUUGUUUUAUGUGAAUGUAAAUCUUUAGGUUUAGUUUUGCUCUUAUUUUCUGACUAAAUAUAAUUGUUACUUAUGUCAGUGAGCAUGCAGCUGCAUAACUUUUAUUUUAUUUCAAUUUUAACAAUUCUUUAAUUUGACAAUGUAAAUUUUAGGUUGUUAAAAGGUUUGGUUGUGCUGCAGAGCAACAUGAGCAAAAUAUUAAAAAUGAUGUCACUGAAGUUGUAAACAGAAUUUUAAACGAAGUAAGGUUACAGAAAAUUUAAAUAACUUAUCCAAUGAAGUGACUACUUGUCCAGUGUAGUUUUUGUAAUUUUUAUGUAUUUAUUUUUGUUAACAUAUUCUUUAGUUUAUAUAUUUUGAAUUUCAAAAAUCACUUUUUUUAGAUUACUUUGCUUGACACAGCAUCAUCCAAGAUCAAUCCAGUAAGCACAAACAAAUCAAAAAUGUGUGUUGAACUUGAUCUACCGAAUAGUAAAAGUGAAACAGAAAUCAGUGAAAUAGAUGAAUGUAUAAUACAGAAGGAUGCUUAUUCCACUUCCACAAUGGCAAACAAUGAUAAAGGAAAUUAUACCAACCUUGGUUAAUAUCUCUAAUGAACUAAUAUACUCGGAACGACAUCAGUCAUACAAGGCAGCCAGUAUUCUUCAAAAAACGGCUAUGUCAUGGAAUAUUUAUUUUGGAAAUAUGCUUAAUGCACAAAUAGAGAUGGUAAUGGAAAUGAUAACUCAAACAUUUUGCAAAUCCGACAUGAAGAAUUACGAUUAUGUAAUGAAAGUGCUAUUUCCUGAUUGUCUUAUCCGCCUUUAUGCAAAAUCAACAGGUCUCACUUUCACUAAGGCAGAAAAGAUUUUGGCACGUGGUGGUGAAGUUGAGGAAAAUGAAAAAGCUGAAGAUGUUCCAGAAGCACCUGUUAGUGAUCAUGAAUUAGUAGAAGAAAACAAUCCAUCUGCCAAAAAUAAUAUGGUUGAAACAUCGUCUACGUCAAAUAGUUUAGAAAGUAUGUUGAUGAGAGAAAAUAUCAGGUUGAAGAAGAAAAUUUCAGAGCUCGAGAACCAACUUUCAACUGACUCUACAAGCUUACCUAUCGAAAAAAACCGCAAAAAAUGUCCAUUACAGUCAUGUGAUAGUUGUGUUACAAAUUUAUCUCGGCACAUGAUAGAAGUACACUAUUGGCCCCAGAGUAAGGCAAAAUAUUGCGUUGGCAUAUACGGAUUGAGGAAACCAGGUGUUAAAAAAGGAAAUUGUGAAAAAAAAAUAACGGUCAAUGGAGAAAAAAAGAAAACAUUCAAGAACUACCACAAGUUAAGAAAAUGCCCGAUUUUAGGUUGUCACUCUAGAAACAAAAGAAUGAGUUUGCACCUUCAAGACGUCCACAAACUAUCAAAAGGACCUUACUAUUAUAGUAUGUUGAAAUUAGCCAGGGUGUGUGACGUUGCAUCAAACAACGGAGAUACACAUGUGACAUCCAUCCCUGCCAAGCAUGUCGCCACUGAUGCUCUUCCGCAGGAAACAUCCGAAGUAACAGAUUCGGAUAGUGACAUGGAAGAUGACGAAGUGGUUGACUCUGCUGAAAUUUUAGAGAGGUUUGUGACAUAUAAAAUUUCAGUUGAUGGAGGGAAGAGUUGCCAAAAGAGUGCUAUCCAGUCAAAGCAGCAAUUGAGAGAUAUUUUGGCAGCUUUGGAUUCCUCAAAUCCCAGUGAUUUAGUCAGAAAAUAUAAAAUUCGCGACACCUUUUUGACAACGUAUGCCGAAAAGACAAAGGAAUACAAAGCUUUAACCAUUAAACGGUAUCUUUUGUCACUGUCACACUUCUAUGACUUUCUCCUUACUGAGGAGAUCCAUCUACCUGGAAUAACACCAGAUAUGAUUUUAAGGAUGAAAGUUAGUGUAUCUCGAUGGAGCAAAUCUUAUAAUGGAACGGUAGAGAUACAGCAGCUUGAGAGACAGAUGGAGGAGCAACAAGUGCUUAUCACGCCUGAGCAGAUCCAACGGUAUGAGGAGUCAGCCAGUGCAAAAGAGGCUAUUUCAAUAAUUAAAGAUUUUUGUAGCCCUUACCGAGAAAAGACCUUAUCUCGUCAAGAAUAUGCGUGUAUACGGGAUUUUCUCAUAACGGAAAUAACUAUAAUUAGUUGUCAGAGGUCUGGCGUACCUAGCAACAUGACCAUCGAUGAGGUGAAGGCUGCUGUAUUUCGUGAUGGAAAAUAUAUUAUUAAAGUAAAACGUCACAAGACAUUUAGGAAACACGGUCCUGUUAAUCUGUGUACGAGCGAAACCUUGUACCAACAGCUCUUAAUUUUUAUCGAUUCAAUUCGCAGUCAGAUACACAGUGACCUUGAAAAUGUUUUUGUUUCAUAUAAUGGCAAGAUGUUAGAAUCUGGAGCAAUAUCGAAACAAAUUAAUAGCACUUGGAAAAGGUCCGGUGUUUAUGGUGAAAACGAUCCGCCAGUGAGGAAAAACAUCACUUCAAAUAUAUUUCGAAAGUCUGGAUCCACCAUCAUUGAAGAUAAAAAUCCAAGUGAAGCUUCAUAUGUUGCUAGCCUGUUGACGCACUCUGAGAGCACCUCCAAAAAAUACUACCGUUUGAUAGAAAAGGAAAAGUAUGCCCUUAAGGGUACAGCUGCUUUGGAGGAAACUUUCAACAAACGUGGCAAAACAAAUAUUUACGAAAAAAAGAAAACGUGGACUGAUGCCGAAGUCGGGGAGUUGGAGACUCUAUUUAAGCAGUUUUUGACUGCGAAAGCUGUCAGAAUUGGCGAUGUACGUAAUCUACGUGAAACGUUUAUCCAUCUUAUUCAUUUGUCUGAUCGGCAGAUUUUAGAUAAAUUGAGAAGCUACUGGCGCUAUGGAGUCACGGAAGAGGAGAAAGAUGGUAAUGAUGCUGUUGACAACUCAUGCUCCUCUAUUGCAACUGAAUACAAACAAUCUGUGUCAAAAGGAGUAGAUAAGCAUCAUGGUAAAAACGAAGAUGUUGACGAAGAAAGUGAAGAUAAUGAUUAUGUAAAUACAGUUUCUGGGAAGGAAAAGAUUUUCUCGAAUGUUGAAGCUAACAUCAUUGUCGAAAAGUGUGCCGAGAUCAUUCGUUCUGGACCAAUAUCCAUCAAUAGAGUAGAACGUGCACUCGAAUCAAGCUCUGUUGGAAAACGUGUACUACAAAACUUUGACAUGUCGCAAAUACAAACAAGGCUUAAAUAUGAGCGCUUGAAGUACAGAAAAAGUUUCAGAAAAAAGUGUCUCUAAACUGUUUUAUUUCUACCUUUAAUGUACGAAACAUUUAACUAUAAUUUUAAUUUUUUUCCCACUAUUAAACGCUCCUCAUUAAAAUAAGUACCAUUUGUUAAAAUAGUUAUAUCGUUUUGCAGUAUACAAGUUAUGUUUUAUGUGCAUCACUUGACAUUUUUAUGUAUGUUAUUUUUUUGUAUAUAUAUUUAGUUAUGCAAAAACAAAGAACAAAAUUUCCGUAA